GCUCCACUACAUUACACAGGCUCCUCUCGACCAGCGCUCCACCAUCUCACAUCCCUGCUGGAAGGAACAUCGCACUCGUGUGCUUUUAAGCCGACUUCUCUUCCCAAAUGCAAGCCAUCAAAUGCGUGGUGGUCGGCGAUGGAGCCGUGGGUAAGACAUGCCUGCUCAUCAGUUACACCACCAACGCUUUCCCGGGAGAAUACAUCCCUACAGUGUUUGAUAAUUACUCUGCCAAUGUGAUGGUGGAUGGGAAACCUGUAAACCUGGGAUUAUGGGAUACGGCGGGGCAGGAGGACUACGACCGUCUCCGACCACUCUCUUACCCUCAGACGGAUGUGUUUUUGAUCUGCUUCUCACUGGUGAGCCCGGCUUCAUUCGAAAACGUCAGAGCAAAGUGGUAUCCUGAAGUGCGUCACCACUGUCCCAACACACCCAUCAUUUUGGUGGGAACCAAGCUGGAUCUGCGGGACGAUAAGGACACCAUUGAGCGUCUGAGGGACAAAAAGCUGUCCCCUAUCACCUAUCCUCAGGGUCUCGCCAUGGCCAGAGAGAUUGGAGCAGUGAAGUAUCUGGAGUGUUCGGCUCUGACUCAGAGAGGGCUGAAGACGGUGUUCGAUGAGGCCAUUCGUGCCGUCCUCUGCCCUCCGCCUGUCAAGAAGAGAGGGAAGAAGUGUACGGUGUUUUAAAAAAAAGAAAAAGAAAAAAGAACACCCCAACACACAGAGUGUUUCACUUUAACACACAGUCAUCAUACUGAGUUCCUACCGGCCGAUUUGGAGAGAUGGAGUAAAAAAAAAAAAAAAAAAUGUGACAGGUGAAACAUCACACACUGGAGUUUUAGAUAAUAGUGCAGCGGGAUUAAAAUAGCGAUAGGCACCACGCGGGUUCGUGCCAAAUUCCCUCUCAUUCCUAUUUCUGAACUCGAUUGCCUUAAUUGGUGCUUAAUUUGUGGUAAUGAGAUGGUCCUUGAUAUACACACCUUGCAUGCGCGAAUAUUUGGUUUUGUGAUAUAUCAUGAUCUAUUUAACACAGGAUUUUUGCAUUUUGGACAAAUUAAAUUCAUUUACUAUUCAACCAGUAAUUACAACAGUGUCCGAAAAUGAGGUACAAAUGUGGUUUCAAAAAAGUGCAAAGUUAGUUAUUGUGCUAAAUAAAAACUAAUACUGGCACACACAUAUACACAGGUGUUUCUGAGUUCAAUGAGCAGAGCUCAAGCUGUAUUUGAUUAUCCAACUGCAAACUUGAUCACGUGACAUCAAAAUAAAAGUUAACCUAAUCUAAGUUAGCUUAUUAUUGAACCUAUGACUCGAUAAAACGUUGUAUCAUGUCUUUAAAUUAGUGACCAGCUGGUUAAAUGAGUUCUGCCUACAUUGACCCCGAGACACCUUACGACUUGCAGAUGUCCAGAAAACACACUGCCCCUGUAUACGUUCCUAAAUUCCUCUGUGGAGAUUUUCCUCUUCGCUAACACUUAACACUUUGGGACAAUGUGGGAAUCUUUUUUUUUUGUUCUUUUUUUUUUUUUUGCUGUUGUUUAUUCUUCUUUCUUUAUUGAUCUGUGAAUGUGUCUGAAGUCUGUGUAAAUAGAAAUUGUGAAUAACUUGAGGACCGAAUUGACGCCGUCUCGUUCUUGACUGUAAGGUAAAUCUAAAAUAAAUUUAAAAAAAUAUCGCCUACUGAAUACAGCUCUUUUAAUUUCCAUGUUUGUGUGACUACUGUACGUGAUGCCGUUUUACAGCACAAGCAAAACGAAAGCGUGAUUACUAAAACGUGUAUAUUUAAAGUCAGUCAGUCGGUGUCUGAAGCUCAGCCGGGUAUCAAAUUUACAAAUAAACUUUGGCUAAAAAUAAAAUGUGCACUUUUUUCCUCUGAUGUUUUCUUUCAUUUUAAACCUAAGCUAAGAAGGCUGAUCCGCGAGCAAGUAGUUUGUGUUUAGUUGAGCGUUGUGAAAUCCACAUAGCUCACACGCUGGCUCUUAAAAUGGUUUGAAAAGUUGUUUUUGAAUGUUAAACAGAUUUGCUGAUCUGGUUUCUGUCACUGUUAAGCUAUAAAAAAUAGCAAAAGAUGUCACAGAGCAAAAAAGGAAGGAAGAGAAAGUCGCCUUUUUUUUUUUAAAUAAUCGCUUUUUUCCCCUCUUCAAAUGUUAUUUGUACAUUUGUACUCAAUUCAAAUAUUAUACACUGGCUGCUCAAGUAAUUAAAGAUGUGAAAAUAGUGUUGCUAGGCAACAGGGAAACUCUGAUGGACGCUGGUUACAAGCUAGCUUAUGACCGAGUCAUGAUUGACUAGCUAACAAGUCUAUACAUGGACAAUGUUAAGCCUUAGUCACUGUGAAAAUGAGUACAAAAUGUCAGAAAUAUCAACCUUUACCUCAGAUUUGUUAGUGAAUUAUUAGCAAAAUGCACCAAACUAUUAAAAUGAAGUCAACCUUUGCUAGUUUGUGGCAUUAGCAUUGUAGCUCCAGUGCAAAGCAAAAGCAAACAUCAGACACGAGGUGGAAACUGCGUACAUUUCAAUUUUAGCCAAAAUUUUCUUUCGUGGAAUUUCUUUACAUUACAGUAUUGUAUGCCUAUUUAAUUAGUCUUUUUUCUUUCUUUCUUUUCGUCAACUGGAAAAUUUUCCGUCCAUAUUUUGCAGUAUACUAGCUGAAAUGUGCCAUUGUGGAUCGUUUUUGUCUGGCUAGCAUGCCAAAUUUUCAACUUUACACAAAAUACGUGUCUAACUUUGUUUCUACCUUUUUGCCUUUUGAUUUUUUCUGAGAGUACGAUUUUUGUGUGCGUGAAUGUGUGUGAGUGAGUGAGAAAAAAAUGGUUAGACAUGUAAAAAAAUAUAUAUACCAUGUGUGUUUUGGUGUUACAACAUGAUGGUGGAUGUCCACCUUAACCUUACAGUUGGCUUCUGUAGACACAAUAACAAUCAGAAUCUCUUUUGAAUUGUUACUAAAAUGAACCUUGUGUGUGUAUGAUAUGAAGUUUAAAAUGUACGCAUUAAUAAAAUUGAGUCCUUGAAUGUA